GUGCGUGGGCACGAGUAAUUCUGGAAUUGCACAGCCGCCCCCAGAGGUGGUUGUUGGGCUUCCAGCACCUGCUUUGUCCGGAUCUCUGCAGUCUCUUCUUCUCUUUGCUCCGGUCUCCCCUCCACCCCAACCAUACGCAGCAUGGCGCCCAAGAAGCCAGAGCCUAAGAAGGAAGCGGCCAAGGCGGCUCCAGCUCCGGCCCCUGCUCCUGAGCCACCCAAGGAACCUGCCUUUGAUCCCAAAAGUGUGAAGAUAGACUUCACCGCCGACCAGAUUGAAGAGUUCAAAGAAGCCUUCUCCUUGUUCGACCGCACGCCGAGCGGAGAGAUGAAGAUCACCUACGGGCAAUGUGGGGACGUGCUGCGGGCUCUGGGCCAGAAUCCCACGAACGCCGAAGUACUGCGCAUGCUGGGCAAACCCAAGCCCGAAGAGAUGAACAGCAAGAUGCUGGACUUCGACACCUUCCUGCCCAUCCUGCAGCACAUCUCCCGCAACAAGGAGCAGGGCACCGAGGAGGACUUUGUGGAGGGGUUGCGUGUUUUUGACAAGGAGAGCAAUGGCACAGUCAUGGGCGCUGAGCUGCGCCAUGUGCUGGCCACCCUGGGAGAGAAGAUGACUGAGGCGGAAGUGGAUCAGCUGCUGGCUGGGCAAGAGGAUGCCAACGGCUGCAUCAAUUAUGAAGCCUUUGUCAAGCACAUCAUGUCGGGGUGAAGCGGAUCCCUCCAGGGGCAUUAGCAGGAAGAUGGAUGCCAGGAUGACCAGGAGACACCAGGGAUGCCUCAAAUGGUUCUUCCUGCUGCUGCUUUUUAAAAUUUGUGGUACAAUGCCAUAAUGUAAGAGUUCUUUCUCAACCA